AAGUCACAGGCACGUCCUGUCCUGCUGGUGCAGGGAGGGCUCAGCACCUUGGGCUGCAGGGGUGAGAGCCCACCAUGUCCCUAGGGAACAGCUCUGGGAGUGACAUGCAGACCCCCAGUACACUGUCCCCAGCAGAACAGUGUGUGGGAGUGUCCUGGCCCCAUGCAGGGUGGUCUUGGGCAUGGUGAUGGGGCUGGGGGUUUGAUGCAGGUAGGUCAGUGCUGUGGGUGUCACUAGUGCAUCCAGCCCCAGUGGGGGUACAGAGGGGAGUGUGUGCAGCAAUGGAGCCCUCCUUGCACACGUGUGCAUGUGUGCUGGGACUCUCAUGCAGAGCAACAAUGCAUGGGGCUGCUCUCUGCUCUAGGCUUGGGGCCCAGCUGUAUUCUUCAUCCACCUCAUGGGCUGGCAGGUUGCUCUAUGCCCCACAGCUGUACCUUGCACCUUGGGGCGUGCUGUACUUGGGGAGUGUGGAGGACCAGGGCUCUGGCAGGCUCAGGUACUACCUGAGUGGCAUGAAGGAUCAUCAUGGUGCUACAGCAAUGAGUCAAGGACAGUCAGGUGUGGUGGGCAAGGGGACCAGCAGAUGCCCUGGUGCAGCAGGCACCCAAGGGUGGUGCUGGCCCUGGGGCUAUGCCAGGCAGGGAAAGAGGCUCCUGCACGUGUCUGGGCAGUGCAGCAUGUGUGGCUGCGUGCUGGGGCUAGGCUAUGCUUCCCUGGGGCCAGGGAUACGUGCAGAUCAUCCCAGUGCUGAUGGACCACAGGGGGAUGAGCACCAGGUGGAUGAGCAGGACAGCAGGACUGCCACGACAUAGCCUGCAGUGAAUGUCACCUAAAGGCCAGCAGCAGAUGUCACAGGAGCUGACGUGUUUCUUCAGCCAUACGCAAUGCUGGAGAUACAAGGAUGCUGGGUGGGGGACCCCCCAUUGGUCCCAUGCACCCCGUGGGGCCAGGAGCAGCCAUGGUGAGGGAUCUGCUUGUGCAAGGUGCGUGUAUGAGAGUGAGUGCAGAGGGCUGGGUGUUCAACAAGCAGUGUGCCAGGUUAGGUUACAGCAUAUAGGGCAGGAAAGGGCAUGUAGAGUGUGUAGGGACAGGGAUAUGGGGCUUGGUUAAUGGGGCUGGGAGGAGGGGAGGGCCAGGUGUGCUCAGCACCUCGGAUGUGCACAGAGUCCCCACAGGACUCCCUACUCCCCCAUCUCAUUCCCAUGAAAACAGCAGCAUGCUGCUCCUACAGCAAGGUGCAGAGCAUCCAUCUGGGGUCCUGGUGCCACUCUGGCUGCAGCAGAAGCCCCCUGACAGAGGGGAAAAGGGUAGCAAGUUCCAAGGAGACCCAGUGUAAACCAAAACUCAUUUUCCUUGAGGGUUGGGAGAACACUCAGAGCUGUGGACGCCCCUGGAACCCCUGAGGAUGCUGGGAUCCAUCUAAGACAAGGGUGCACUGCUCCCCUUGCCUAAGCCCCCAGCUCCUCACUCAGCUUGUUCCCUCCCCAGGCCCGGGUGCUGCUGCUGGGCCCGAGGCUGGGCCAGCCCUGCCCUCUAGUGCCGUGGGAGCUGCUCCGUGCCCUGGGGCUCAGCCCCGAGCUCAGCCCCUGGCUCCCUGGAGCUGAGCCACCCAAAGUCCUCCCAGGACCAGCGGAGCAGAGCAGGGGCUGACAGCUGGGAGCUUCCCAGCACCCCGCAACACCAUCUCCCACCCCGACAUUGCUGCUGAGGGGACAAGAGGACACGUUCGGACCCCCCAUGGCACCACCAGCCCAAGUCCGAGAGUGCAGCAGUGUCACCCCAGCACAGGCGCCCUGCGUCCCAGGCCUCGGGACAGGUGUGCCCGUGCCGGUGACAAUUGCCUUCCCGGGUCGAUAACCUGGUGGCCAAAGCACUCGGUGGGCCGGGAUGGCGUGGGGCCACGCCAAUGUGUGCCCGCAGCUGCGGGAGAGGGAGGGAAGCUCUGGAGGCUCUGGUUAAACUGGAACGAGGCGCGGCAUCGUCCCGCGGUCCCUGCCCUGGGGACUCUGACCCCGUGGGCCGGCGAGGGGAGCUGAGGCGGGCGGUGACGAGCAGCCCCACAGCCGCUGGGACAGAGCGAGCGGGGAGCUGGACAGGAUGGAUCCCACUUUGGAGCUGGCAGAUGACCCCAGGUGAGUGCUGGAGGUGCCCGUGCCACUUUGCAGCCGGGAAAAUCCAGCUUUUUGGACCAGAACUUCAGAUGAUAUAUUCCCUCCGUAAAGGAAGGGAGGCGCUUGGCGGUGACUGCUCGGACCCUGCGGUUCCGUGCAGCAUUCCCGUUCUGCUCUGCAGGUUCUCCCGCCCUUUGGUGGAGAUGCUAAUCAGGAACUUCAGCGUGCCGGCAGCCUGCUUCUCCCUGCCGCCCACCUCCCGGCAGCUGCUGCACCAGCUGGACAUGGCCCAACUCAUCAUCCUCGGCCUCUGCACCAUCAUGACACUGCUGUCGGUUGUGAUCUACGCAGAAGAGGUUUCAUACCUCUUCCGCAAGAUCCGCUGCCCUAUCAAGAUGAAGACCCUCUGCUGGAGCAGCUCAGCCCCUACGGUUGUGUCAGUGGUCAGCUGCUUCGGCCUGUGGUUCCCGCGCUCCAUGAUGGUGGUGGAGAUGGCUAUCACGGCGUACUUCGCUGUCUGCUUCUACCUGCUGAUGCUGGUCAUGGUGGAGGGCUUUGGGGGGAAGGAAGCGCUGCUCAGCACCCUGAAGGACGUGCCCAUGGUGGUCAGCACUGGACCCUGCUGCUGCUGCUGCCCCUGCCUGCCCCGAAUCACCAUGAGCAGGAAAAAGCUUAAAUUGAUGAUCCUGGGGACUUUCCAGUACGCCUUCUUCAGGGCAGUCGCUGUCUUCCUGGGGCUGAUCCUGUCUGCUGAUGGGAAUUACAACCCUGCUGACAUUUCAGCGGAGAGCGUGGCCCUCUGGAUCAACACCUUGGUUGGUGUCUCCACCCUCUUUGGGCUCUGGGGCCUGGGCAUCCUCUUCCGGCAGGCUCGGCUGCACCUGGCUGAGCAGAACAUGCAGGGCAAGUUCACCUGCUUCCAGAUCCUGCUCCUCCUGACGGCGCUCCAGCCUGCCAUCUUCAGCAUCCUGGCCAACAGCGGGAGCAUCGCCUGCUCACCACCCUUCUCCUCCAAGGCCAGGUCACAGCAGAUGAAUGUGCAGCUGUUGAUCCCGCAGACCUUCAUCCUGGCGGUGCUGACACGGAUGUACUACCGCAAGCAGGAUGACAAGCCGGGCUACGUCAGCUUCGCACCUGCAGGUGCUGAUGUCAAGGCGUGAGCAGGAGGGAGAAACUGGGGUGCCAAGGGGCAGAGUAGGGUGAGGGGCUGGUCUACCCUGCACAACCUUCUCGUCCUCCCCUGGUCCUGGGGAGCUGCUGGCAGCAGAAAAGGCAGAAGGGGAAAAGAGCAUCUUGGGACACAAUGAAAGAGUCUGAAACAUAAAAGCCAUAAGCCAAGGGGGUCCACAGAGCCACCUCCAGCCCGGAGGCUCUUCUCUAGCACUGAGUAAAGAUAAAUUUUUAAUGGAGUCUUGCA